GAGCCAACCCUAGGCUAAUCCCGAUACGUCUUCUUUCUCGGCGCCGCCGGCUCUGUCUCACCCAGCGCCGAUCUCCCUCUCUCCGUCUUCCUCUCUCUCUUGCCGGCUAGCCUCCUCGGCAACCAGCAGUUCCCCCCAUCUCUCCCUAUGGCAGCCGAAAAAUCAACCCCUCCCUCUACCCCUCAUCUUGCCUUCACCACCGUUUCAAACGUCAAACUCCAAGUCCCCAUAACCCUCAGUUUCUCAGAACCAAAUUACAAAAAAUGGAGUCGUCUCUUUCUCCUAUUGGUUCGGCGUUUCAAUCUCGAAGGUUUUCUCACUGGUGCAACAACCUCCACCGGCAAAGAUGAUGUUGAUUGGUUGCAACUUGAUGCUCUCAUUCAGGGAUGGAUUCUAUCUACCGUUAAUGAUGAAGUUUCGGAUCUGAUUAUCUCCUCCACCACCACUGCCGCGGAUCUUUGGAAAGCCAUUCAUAAUUUGUUUCACGAUAAUAAAGCCGCUCGAGCCAUGCAAUUGGAGCAACGCUUCUACAACACCGUCAAGGGCGCAUCCACUAUCGCUACUUAUUGUCAAACUUUGCGGAAUAUUGCCGACUGGUUAGAUGACGUAGAUGCCCCGGUGACGGAAAAUCAGCUCGUCUUGCAAACCCUACGUGGCCUUCCCGAGGAUCUUGGUUCACAGGCGUCCUUUCUGCAAUUCCAAAAACCCCCGCCGACUUUCAUGGAAACCCGAUCUGCACUCCUCCUCCUUGAAGGACAACGCCGCCCACAACUAGCUUCUGGCGACGAGGGAACUGCCCUGGCCACCCUCGGCCACGGUGGGCACGCUGGUUUCCGGCAGCAGGGCCGCGGUGGUGCACCUGCAGGCGGUGGGCAGCAGGGCGGCAGUGGCGGUGGACAGCCCUAUGGCGGACAGCUUCAUGGCGGACAAUCUCAGGGCAACGGCGGACGCGGGUACGGCUAUGGUGGACGUGGUGGACGACCGAACCGCGGUCGCGGUCGAGGUCGUAACUCUGGAUUCAACUCCCGGACUGCUCCAACGAACUUUGGACCCUGGCAAACCCCUUACCAAAACCCCAUCCCAGGCCUACUGGGCCCACGCCCCACCACCCAUCCCUUCCCUGCCCAGGCCCUCCUCACCUCCCCCACCUACCCAUAUCAGCCCACCCCUCUACCCAACUCCUACCCACAGCCCCCCAUAUACCCGAAUUCACAAAACCCAAAUCAACCCCAACCCUACACCUACGGGUCCCCUGACGGUUUAGUUUUUUUUCGGUAAGUCAACCUUCCCAAUGAAGGGUUAGUUUUCUCCGAGUGUCGUGUCUCUCGAGGAGUGGACGAAGGGAAUUAGCUAAUUUUUCUAACUAGACGAAGGUUAGGACGGGUCUGAAAGUCUUCUCUUCUCGAUUUGAUAAUAAAAAUAAACUAAAUUACUCGGUGCCUUUUUUGAAAAAAAAAUAAUAAUAAAUAAAUAGUACGGGUAUAGGACUAAACUUCGGGCCAAGGCAUCAUCUGAGUUAACUACUGUUGUCACAUAUUUAAUCAAUAAUUGGAAUAAUAAUAUUUCUGUCACAAAUAUUUCAUUAACUUAUCCUCUCUCAAGGUAUCAUUAAUGUGUUCUAAAAAGUUUGGCUUAAUUAAUUUUACAUCCUCAU